AUGGCAGUAACAGAGUCUGAGCAUCAGCAAUACUGCUGCAAUGCCGUCAAUCCAAUCACCCGGAAAAGCAUCGUCUUCACUGGACUCGUUGUAAACGCCCCUUUGGAUGAGGAGUUUCUGAGAAUCAAGACGAGGGAGUUGGUUACCGCCUGGCCAGUCUUAGGUGGUCGCCUAAUACGAACAACAAGUCCAUGGUCAUUAUCAUUGGGCUUGACAGCCGAUGUUGAGAGCAGAAAGAUCGACAAAGACUUAGCAACAUAUCUCCCUCUUGACUAUGAGCGAGGUGAAGAAAACGCGCCAAAAAUCCUCGAGUCGGCAAAGAUAGAGCAGAUCGACGAGAAAUUCCUGUUUGAUAUAGCGCCAACGGUCGAUAAUGUCUUUGUUUUUCGGAUCACUAUCUUGGAAGAUGCGACAUUACUGAGUUUUGGCUUCAGCCAUCAUCUGGCCGAUGCUACCGCUUCGUUAAAUGUGAUGAAGGCAUUCUGCGCCCUGUUAUCCGACAAGCCCAUUCCGGAGCUGGUGCUGCCCCCAGAUUCUAGGGGGGUCAAGCUAUCUGAGACGGUUGUGGACAAAGCAGAGGACUUGAGGAGCGUCCCCAGUAUCAGAUAUACAGAACACAAAGAGAACUUUGAUUAUGGCUUUCUGAAGAUAGUUUGCGCUUUGUGGCGGAUGUUGCGUAUAAGAUUCUCCCGAUGGAUCGGGUGGAGAGAGCGCUUGGAAGCAAGACUGGUGUAUCUGCCGGGUCCGUGGGUGGACCAGAUACGCGCAAAAGUGCUGAACACGAUAAAAACACAGCAGAGUUCAAGUGAAGACGGCAGCCAUGAGCCUACACGGAACGACAUAAUCAAUGCUUGGUUCCUCAAAACUGUAUACGCAACUGCUCCCGCGAGUGAUGAUCGGAUGGAUUUUUAUGGGCCGAUGAACUACCGACAGUUGAUAGUACCUCCUCCUAAGGGGACCUACUACAUUCACAACAGUUUCGGCUUUAUGCGAUGCAAAUUCUCCAUCAACCAGCUCCGGACAGACUCUAUCACUAAAAUCGCGCAAAAUCUUCGUCUAACCACAUUACGAUACAAACAGGCGUCUUCAAUAAGAGAAUAUCUUCGUUACUGUGAAGAUAACUCGCACCGAAGGCUUUUCCCCAGCAUCCGGAGCGGCAGCGGCUUGUCUAUGACCAUGAUUACCUCAUGGACAACUUGUGAUUAUUUUGGGCUAGAUUUCUCUAGGGCGGCCGUCGGUAAAAGCCAAGCCAGAGUCACAUUUGUGAAUCCAAUGGUUCGUAACCUUCGGGAUGGUAUGUGGCCAGUUGCUGUUGUUGUAAAAUCUGGUGAUGGUGGCUACUGGCUCCGUGGACUGAACACCCCAACGGGGUGGGAGCAUUUCUACGGCUCUACGGAGUCGAAAACUUUAUUUCCUGCUGUAUAA